AUGGCUCCUCCACCAAUCCAGAGCCGGCAUCGCAAGCCUAUUACCUACGGCCGCAUCUCUCGUUCGAAUUCUGCCAAUUUCAAGGUUUUUCAAGACACAGUUGAGGGAAGCAAUCCCAAUGAAGAGCCUAGAGCUACCGGUAUGCUGUCUUCUAGCGGAUGGAGAAAUACAUUCUGGUUAAUCAUACAGUGGAAAUAGUUCCUAGGCGUAUCAGAGCUGCGGGAUUGUCGCUUCCGCACUUACCACCAAUGGCCGAGAAAUCUCUUCUGCCUUCUCAGUUUGAUAGUACCCGUCACAUGAGUGAUGAUUAUAGAGAGGAUCCAUUUGCUGAUCCUCCUACCCCGACUUCCCAGCUGUCUACUGGGUCAGCCAAUACCAAGGAGGCCAAACAAUCAGUUUGGCCAUCACUACCUGGGAAGGUAGUGCUAGCAGAAAAGUCUGUCAACUAUCCAGUUCUAAGGAACACUUCCGUUGCUGUCACAGGUGAUUUUACAAGUCCAAGUAAUACAGGUAGUGCCGGUACGUAUCCGAGGCAGAUUUCUGGAUUGCUACCUUCAUUAUAUAUUGGGAAUGAAGCUCAAGAUUGGGUGCUAAUGUCGGAGAAUUCAUCUUACAGGUGCACCACCCCCGCGUCCUCAUAAGAUCCGUCACUAUGAACCUGGCUUGGAGGGCCAAGACUUCCCAUAUCCUCUAUCUCCUUCUAAAGCCAGAAGCCCUAUUUCUGAGGAUUAUUUCCGACGAUUUUCUACUAGAGCCGCAGGCAAAGGGGUCGGCAAGCCACCCAACACACCUCCCGCACGAUCAGGAAUCGGUCAACACGGGAUGACCGUUGGAAAUCCCAGAGCCGGGACCCGGGUGCGUGAGGAGGCAGGAUAUGUAACGAAAAAGACCGCUAAGAUGGGCUCGUCUUCCCCCAGUACAGGACAUAAUUCUCACGACGAGGGAGUGACUCCUAAACCUCUGAAAAAGACUUUUAGAGGUGGGGUCCGGAAAACUCUCUCCCCUCGAUAUCCUGUCGAGAGGGUGAAAAAGAGAAGAAAGGGAUAUGAGCCAGCGCCUACAACUGCUGGCUAUGAGUCUGGGUGCGAGAGCGAUGGAGAUUCGUCGGUGAAAGACCCAUUUGCCUCCGGCCGAGACGGUGGCUUUGAGCAUGGAAUUUUCGCUGGAGAGAGCUCAGACUACAUCGCAGAAAUACCAAAGAAGCAUCGAAGUGCUCAAGAGCCGUACGGUUGGGAAACUAGAGCACAACAUACACAAAGCUUGUUAGCCCGAGCGAGAGGGGUGGAUUUUACUAUGAAAAACACCGGCACUGAAAACAAGUCUCGGAAGUUUAGAUACGGCGCAGGAUCGGGAGAUAGAGACUUGGGGGUGGAUUCGGAUGAACGAGGAUCGCCAAUUGCUGGCGCUGCUGAUAGCCUCAUGGCUUACACAUCUGACAGUAAUGAGAGCGUUUCCCAGGGCUCCGUCGGGCAGUCAACGUCAAAAAGACAAUUUAGGGGUCAACUCAGAACGCACAGCAAGACUAACCCAAAGAAACCACCCGGAAAACCCUUCCCGCCCGGGAAUAAGAGAAAUUCCAAGUCCCAGCUCCUCGAGCCAGUAGGGGGUGCUGAUAUGGACUCAACUGUGGGGUCGGGUACUGAAGGAUCCGCCGCGGAUGUGGUACAGAACAAGCCCGAGAGCAUUUCCACCGUUCACACCGCAUGCGACAUAAGACACCGCGGCGUCGGGGGCGAUAAAUUGGUACACAGCGGGGGGCUAGAUGAGGACGGCCUGGGUUCAUGGGACGGUCGGGAUAGUUGCAAAUCCUCUCCUGACUUAUUGCCAGUGAGAGCAAAUUCGCGGGAUGCAACCUAUCCAGAUGCCCUGAAAACGGGGGGGGAAACCGAAGACUUUAGGCAAGAUAAUAGUAUUCCAGAUGCAGGUGCAGACAAGGGCACUAGGAGCAGUGCUUCAUUGGGUACCCGGCGCAUGCAUGGGAGCGGGCAGGGCGAAAAGGGCAAGGCCAAACCACAGAGGGAGAAAUCACUAAAAAGUAUACCCCACAACGCAAAGCGGAAGAAGAAUGUGGGGAAGGCAAAAACUGUCAAACUGGAGCCGAAGAUUGCUUGUGAAGAUGACGACAUCGACGAGCUUCAGAUGGACCUCCCUGGCAUGAGGAUUUGA